AUGAAAAUUGUUGAUUAUUUAUCAAUUAAUACAAUUUCAUAUCCUGAAAAUUUUUUAAUCAAUAAAAAUAAUUCAGAUCAAAAUAAUAUGAUUUGAAGGAUGGCUAAAAAGAGAAAAAUCAGCCACAGGACUUAUAUAAUUACUUUUAAAUCCAAAGAGUUCGAGUUGAAUCCAGUAUGAGAAAAAGCUGAGUGGCUUGGAAAACAUUUUAAGGCUUCAAUUAUGGUUAAAUCUUCAUUAACAAAUAAAUAUACAACUAUAUCAAGGUAUUAUAGCUGCAUUUUUGUAGAUUUAGAUAGCUGAAAACAAGAAGUUUCUGAUGAAGGGAGUGAAAUAACUGAAUUAACCAGAAAUGAUGUAAAAGGACUGAGUUUUAUUAUAAAAGUCUAUAAAGGGGGUAUUAUGACUGAAUACUUAAAAUCACUUGCAAAAAAUGAAAAAAUUGCUUUAAAAGGCCCUUUAGGUCCAGGGCUGUCAGUUGAUAAUUUAUCACUCCCUCCUCAUCCUUGAUCGAGCGGCUCUCAAUCGUUAGAUCAAGGAUGAAAAAAAUUUAUAUAUAUAAAAUAAAAAAUAUAUGUUUUUUAAUAUUUUGAUUUUUUGGUUAUCCCUUUAAACUGUAUAAAUUUAAUUUUUUUCCUUAUUGAAUUAAAAUUUUAAAUUUUAAAGAUAUUUUUAUAUAUUAAAAAUUUGGAUGAUAUGAAAAUCGUUCGAUCAAGGAUGGGGGCUAAUUUUCCCAAUUUUUAGGAAUCGUUUGAUCAAGGAUGGGGGUGAGUCAGGAGAAUUUAUAGCAGUUGCAGGUGGCACAGGAUUAGUACCAUUUUUAGAUUUAGUUCACUACAUUUGGGUAAAUCGAAAUAACCCUCAUGAGUUCAAGCUUACACUUAUCGUAUCUUUUCGUAGGAAAAAAGAUGUCUUUGCAUAUGAUCUUAUAAGUGCUACAGAAAGAGCUGUGAAUUCAAAUAUUUUUAAGUUCGUUUUGAUUGUAAGUAGUAAAAAACAAAAGCCCUGCUUGCGAGAACUCUUGAUUGAGAAUGGAAAGCAAAAACCGAAAAAAGCUUGGGUUUGUGGACCAUCAGGAUUCAACAGUUUUGUAGCUGAAGUAUUAAUGCAGUCUGGAUUAGAAAGACAAAAUAUCAUCAUUAUGUAA